CUUCAGCAGCCUCGGCGUGUGUGCUCUGAGCUGGACAGGCUUUAACACAUCUUCAUCAAUGGUGCCCUGAGUCCUGGCCCCAGCUUUUGGAGAGCCACGACUAAACUGGAGGAGUCACACUGAGGACCACCACGUCUCUGUGAAGGUCAAAAUUUAUCUGGUUCACUCAUAUUAGUGUCAUUUUAACCACCCCAUAGAAGAAAAAUAUGAUGCCAAACAGAAGUAACCUCUCCUCCUUCCAGAAUGUUGGAUCAGAUUCCAGUAAGAUUAUGGCAGACUACAGCCACUCACAAAAACAGAUGGAAUUCCAAAAUGCUAGUUUGGGAAAGGGUUCUGUGGCAAAUUCCCUUGAAAAUGGUCUCCAGGAUAUUAUGGAAAACCUCAACACGAAGAAAUAUUCAUCAACUCUUAAAUUUAAAACAAAUGGGGACUAUGCUGGCUCUUAUUUAACCCUUUCACAACCCAUGCCAAUUAAACCUAAUCCUUCCACCAGUGUUAAAAAUACACACUCUAUUAACAAAAUUCAAGGAGGCAAGCAGUUCCCCUGUGAAAGUCCAUAUCUUCCAGAUAAAAGCAUCUCUGUAAAGCAUUUGGGUUCCAUAUCAGGCAUGUCUCCAUCCCUCAGUGGGUACAGUUCAGGAAGAACGGAUUUUGACAUUUAUGCCAGCAGAGAAAAUGAAAAAUCCCUUGGACACAUGGAUAAGAUUCACUACUCAAAGUACAGUCAGAGAAAUAAAUCUUAUGACAACAUCUACUUCCCAGGAAUGCUGGAGUCGAAGAAGAUCUCAGGCUCUCUUUUGACUAUGUGGAGUGGAAGCUCAGGGAACGAGCUGGUGCUUUCACCAGGUAGCAAUUCUGGGGCAGCCAGCAUGCCUUCUAGCCCAAAGCAAGGCAGGAGAAUGAACGCUGAGAACAGCCUGGCCCUUCACAUAAAGCCAGUUAAAUACAAGGAUGGGACGAUGGAAACUCUGGGUUCACGGCCCAGGAAAUACUCUGGGGGAUCUCUCAGUCAUAUGGGAAUGUACAGUCGUUCUCUACCCAGACUUUAUAAAUCAACAGAAAACCAGCUGGUGCCAUUGCGUUUGCCCCCCAGGAGCUCUCUGGGUAAUAGUAAAAGGAAAAAACUAGGAGAAAAAGAUCUACCUCAGAAUGCUUUCGAUUCUGAUAAUUACCUGAAUUUUUCUUCUUGCAGCUCAGGGGUUUCACUACAUGCAAACUCUGUCUCUGGGAGUAAUCCCUAUGUCAGUUCAACUCUUAGUGUUCCUGCAAGCCCUCGCAUUGCUAAAAAAAUGCUUUUAGCACCUUCUCCCCCAUAUCUCCCUGAUGAUUUUGAUAGACUUGGACUCUCAGGAACAAGUCCCAGUAGUUCUUUCUCCCCAGUGGAUUUUGACAGGUCGUUCUCUGUCCGAAGAAACCUUUCCACCAGUUCCAUGGAACUCGAUGACCCAGAUGUGGAAAGCUACAGACAGACGCCAAACUCUCUGCAAACAUCCAUGCGAGAGCGGAAGAACAGCAUCAGCUCCAUUUCAGGGAGGGAAGACCUCAUGGACUACCACAGGAGGCAGAGGGAGGAGCGGCUUCGGGAGCAGGAGAUGGAACGCCUGGAACGACAGCGGCUUGAGACAAUCCUCAAUCUGUGUGCAGAAUACUCCAAAUCCGACAGCGACCCUGCUGCAGCUACUACAGUUGCUGAUGUUCAAAAAAUUAACAAAGAGCUCGACAAACUUCAGCUCUCUGAUGAGGACUCUGUGUUCGAAGACUCCCAGAUGAAUCUGGAAUCGAGGUUCAGGAACCUCCUGAAGUCAUCUGCGAGCGACUCGGAUUUCUCGGAGCUGAGCAGCCACAGCCGUGGCCCUGCUGCCUGCCUGCCCCCGCGGGGGCUGAGGGCUGAUGAGCCCUUCAGUGAAAGCUCCAAGCCUCCACCUUUUGCUGCUCCCAGCUUCCUGAAGGAUGCCACAGAGUCGUCCUACCUAAGCAUCACACCAAAGAUACCAGAAGGCAGCAGUGAGGAGCAGAGGAGGCAGGAGCUUGCUCGACUGGAGGAGGAACGCAUAGUGAUACUGAAUAACUUGGAAGAACUUGAGCAGAAGAUCAAAGAUUUAAAUGACCAGAUGGAUGAAUCCUCAAGAGAGUUGGAUAUGGAAUGUGCCCUUUUGGAUGGGGAACAGAAAUCUGAAACAACAGAGCUGCUGAAAGAGAAGGAAAUAUUGGAUCAUCUAAACAGAAAAAUAGCUGAACUGGAGAGAAAUGUUAUUGGUGAAAAAACAAAGGAAAAAUUAAAACUUGAUGCUGAGAGGGAAAAACUAGAGAGGCUUCAGGAGCUUUACUCGGAGCAGAAGACGCAGCUUGAUAAUUGCCCUGAGUCCAUGAGGGAACAGUUACAGCAGCAGCUGAAGAGGGAUGCUGAUAUUCUGGACAUAGAAAGCAAACAGUUUGAAGAUUUAGAAUUUCAGCAGCUUGAACAUGAAAGCAGAUUAGAUGAAGAGAAGGAAAAUCUGACUCAACAGCUCCUGCAUGAAGUAGCUGAAUAUCAGCGCAGUAUUGUCAGUAGAAAGGAAAAGAUUUCUGCUCUCAAAAAACAAGCCAAUCAUAUUGUCCAACAAGCACAAAGGGAACAAGAUCAUUUUGUAAAAGAGAAAAACAACUUAAUCAUGAUGCUGCAAAGGGAAAAAGAAAAUCUCUGUAAUCUGGAAAAGAAAUAUUCCACACUUUCCGGAGGAAAGGGAUUUCCUGUCAGUCCCAAUAGUCUGAAAGAGGGCUAUAUCAGUGUAAGUGAAAUUAGUGAGCUGUAUGGCAAUUCCACGAAUAUAUCCCCUUCCACUCAGACCCCCUCAGAUGUUGAAGCAGUUGCCACUGAGCCUUCCACGGCUGUGCUGACGAGCCAGCCACAAAAUAAAGAGCAUUUCAGGAACCUGGAGGAGCGCAAGAAGCAGCACAGGGAGUGCACGUACCUGAGCGACACCUUGCCCCGCAAGAAAACCACUCCGUCCGUGUCUCCCCACUUCAACAGUGCCACGCUGGGACGCAACAUCACUAACAAAGGACAUUUACCAUUAGGACAGAGUAACAGCUGUGGCAGUGUACUUCCUCACUGCCUGGCAACCAUGACCAAAGAGUCGGAAUCGAGGAGGAUGCACAAAGGGUAUAACCAUCAGCUCAUCUGUGAAAACCAAAGGCAGAAGUCUCCAGAAUUCUACAGCAGAACAGCGUCGGAAUCCAAUGUGUAUUUGAACAGUUUCCAUUACCCAGAUCACAGUUACAAGGACCAUGCCUUUGACACGUUGAGCUUAGACAGUUCUGACAGCAUGGAGACGAGCAUAUCAGCGUGCUCACCUGAUAACAUUUCCAGUGCUAGCACUUCAAAUGUUGCAAGAAUAGAGGAGAUGGAGAGACUUCUCAAACAAGCACAUGCUGAAAAGACUCGGCUGCUUGAGACCAGGGAACGGGAGAUGGAAGCUAAGAAACGAGCUCUGGAAGAAGAAAAACGCCGCAGAGAGCAACUGGAGAAAAGAUUGGAGGAAGAAACAAGCCAGAGGCAAAAAUUAAUUGAAAAAGAAGUCAAAAUACGUGAGAAACAAAGAGCACAGGCCCGUCCCUUGACUCGCUAUUUGCCUGUUAGAAAGGAAGACUUCGACCUACGAAGUCACAUUGAAACAGCUGGGCACAACAUAGAGACCUGUUACCACAUUUCUCUCACUGAGAAGACCUGCCGAGGCUUUCUGAUUAAAAUGGGAGGAAAAAUUAAAACUUGGAAAAAACGGUGGUUUGUUUUUGACAGAAACAAGAGAACUUUUACUUACUAUGCAGACAAACACGAAACUAAAUUAAAAGGUGUAAUAUAUUUUCAAGCUAUUGAAGAAGUCUAUUACGAUCAUCUAAAGAAUGCAUAUAAGAGUCCCAACCCAUUGCUGACCUUCAGUGUUAAGACCCAUGACCGCAUCUACUACAUGGUUGCUCCUUCUCCAGAAGCCAUGAGGAUAUGGAUGGAUGUCAUUGUUACAGGCGCAGAGGGCUACACCCACUUCAUGUUGUAAGAAAAGGGGAGCAAACAGGGCAUCCUGCAAUAACGUAACUAAUGAAGUUAGCCAUAGCCAGUGACAGCUGAAAAGCCAGUGAAUACCCUGAAAGGUCCUCCUUAUGAUGUGCACCCGAAACCUCAGGUUGAGAGGGGGUUACAAAUGCAUUGAAAAGGGGGGGUUGUUACCUGUUGUAGUUGAUCUUUAUAGGAAUGAACGAGCUAAAGCUCUUGAGGGAAUCAUAGUGCUCCAAAAUGGAUAAUCAGGCAGUUUUAAUUACAGCAUCUUGACUGAAUGAUAAAUUUCUACAAAUGCUCUUAUGCAGAGAAUGUCUUUGUAAAUUUAUACUGAACAGUUUACAAACGUGCGUGUUCUCAUUGGUAUGCAAAAAUUUUAGUAGUGAAACAAAAAGGUAAUAAGCAUAUAUUUUAAUAUGCAACAUUUGACAUUUAUAGAUGAUUAGGUGACUUUUUAAAACUUUUAGUCAAGUAUUUUAUAAAAAUACAAACAAAAAAGCAGCCCUAAGGUACACACAGUUCUUGCCUUAGUAGUUAAGUGUUACAAGACAGCCAAAGAGUUACAUGAUUCCCUUACGUCUUCAUAGUUACUUGUACCUUUCUGUAAGGGGACAGUGCCAAAACUCUUAAUGACUUUAAAUGUAAUUAAAUUGUUAUAUUAUGUGUAUUCAAACACUUUGUGGCAACAACUGUAUGCUUAAAGUUUGCAUCUAUGGAGCUCAACCAGAAAAAAAAAAAAAGAGGAUAGCUUUAUAAAGAUGCAUUUUUUUCCUCAAGGAUGAGAAAUAGAAACACAUGUAUUAGCUUCCUCAUAAAAAGGGAUUUUUUUUUAAUCAUCCCUGUUGAACAGAAUAAGCUGAUCCUGGACCCUACAGCAAUUUUGUUUUAUGUAGUAAGGUCCCAGUGUGGUUCUAACCUUACUCUGUGCCAAGUGAACACUCUAUUGAAAUCUCUCAAACAUUGCCUGCUGUGAAGCCAGCACCAAAAUCUCGACCUAUUUGAAUUCUUUGGAGCCAAGCUUUCAGCCUCAGAGAGUUGUUUUGUUGUUUAAUGUAUAUCUGCACAGAAUAAUGCUGUCAAAUAGAAUAAAAAAGAGAGAUGUGAGUUCUAAGAGUUUACACUAAGCAGUGUAUGAAUAAAAACCCCUGAAAGCUGGAAGUAGUAGAGAAUCAAGAUUCCUAGAACAGCAAAAAUACUGAGGGUGCAGCGGUCUCCUAUUUUAAAAUCACCUCCAAGUCCUUGAGUAAUACUGCAAAAAUAUAAAUUAUUUAAUUGAAACAAACUUGAAGAAAGUGUCAUGACUUUAAAGAGAUUGUAUUUCAGUAAUUGAAACUUACAUGCUCUGUGGUUUGUGUAUGAGAAGGAAGCAUAUUAGCUUUUUUUUUCUUGAUGAAAAGUUCAUAACUUUUGAUUGAACAAAUAAACUGAAAACAGAAUAGAAGUAUGCUGGCAGAAUAUUUUUGUUAUACUUUUUAAACCCUGUGACUAAUGAACAGGUUCAUGGUAUACACAGGUGAUGUGGUUGUUCUAGCGUGACAAACAUCAGUUUCGACGUGAAUCAUAAAAGAAGAGACUGUUGUUGCAAGAUAAUUGUUAUCAUCUGUGCAGAUCACAGCCUGUAAUCUAUAAUUUAAAACACUAUCAGAUAAAUUGCUUUUCUUUAUACAGUUAUUAUUUUUCCCUUAUGUAUCUUGAUUUUACUCCUAAGUAUAGUUAAAAAGGUUUUCUAAUAAUGAUUUUGUAUCCUGCAUGAUGCAAUGAAGGCAUUUCAAUAAACAUUUUUAAAAAUA